AUGGGCAAAAAACGAAAGCAUCAGGACUCGGAAACCGACGAUUCGAUGAAAAAACCCAAACAUGAGGAUGUUGAAACUAACGGUGUGGCCAACAUAUCAAUCGCGGAUAGCGGAAAUUUCAAGGUCUUCCUGAUUAAAAAGCCAAUUGGAGUGAGUCUGACGGAUUUGGAGGCAUUGAAAUGGUCGGGCGAUGAUGAGAUAUUAUCGAAAACCAAAGUUAAAACUGAAUCCGGUGUGUUUCGUGCAAUUGUGGCUCCGAAGGCUAAAAAAGAGCGGAUGGUUCAUAUUCCAGCGGUGAGAGAACGAGAGGAAGAGGAUUCGAAAAAUAUUAAAGCUCGAAACUUUGUCGAUGGCUCCAUCACCAUUCUUCCCCAAGAAGUGAAACAGAAGAAUCUGGGUGGUUCGAUCUACGAAGAAGGCGAGGAGCCAGCUGAUGACACUACCACAGUACUACAUCCCGCUCUUCGAAAAAUCAAAAAGACGGCCGUUUUGGAUUUGGAAUCACGUCAGCAGAGAAACAAAGCAUAUGGAACCACUACCGAUGGUUCUGGACAGCCCCGACAGCUUUAUGAUAUUCUUAAAAAUUGA